AUGGCAUCGAACCAGACUUUAUUAUUAAUAGCGGUCGUCGAAGGUCGUGAAGCGGUAGUCAAUGUGCUGUUAGAGCAUGAGGCUGAUCCCGAGUUGACGUUGGCUGACAAUGUAACCCAAUUGAUCGAGAGUAUCAUAGAUGGGCAGGAUAAUGCGGAUUGUGCCGCUCUCGAAUAUGGUGUAAUACUCACCUGCAGGACUGAACUAGAAUCCUUCCUGCUGGAAGCUACAGGCGUCGGCGCUCCUCGACUGGCCAAGAGACUGCUGGGAAAAGGAGUAGACGUGAACUUGAAAAAGAACGAGUGGCAAUCUCUGCUUAUAGAAUCGAUCCGAGAAACACAUUAUUCAUAUCGUAAGAUGCUACAUUCUAACUAUCAGGCCGUGAUCGAUAGCUUGCUGGACUAG